AUGGCAAGAUUAAUAGGAAAUACAAACAUUAAACUUAGAAAUCCUCUUCUAAAAUUAUGUUAACCAAUUUCUUCUAUAUCUAAAUUGAUUGCACUUAAAUUAGUAUUUAUUGAUGAUAUUUCAAAUCAUUACACUAUUAACUGUAAAAAAGUAAAUUGUUUUUACACUUAAGGAAAAUAAAUUAAGAUAGAGAAAUUAGUGGAAAAAGAGUUAAAUCAAUAUUCAGAUUCUAAUUAACUAAAAAACCCUAAAUUUUAUUUCUAUGAUUUAAAUGGUAAUUAGAUUAUUAUGUAUGAUCUAUCCAUUGAAACAUAUCUAGUCAGCACAAAAGAUAACAAUCAUUGGUUAUAUGAUAAGAAAUAUGAAAAACUUUUAUUCUAAAUAAUUUAGAUGGAUGCAAGCAUUAUAAGUAAUAAUAACCUUUCUGAUGAUAAAUCAAGGAAACCUUCAUUAAUGAAUUCAAAUUAACACAUUAUCCAUAAUAAUCUAUAUGAUCAUUUAAUACCUUAGAGUAGUUUCAGAUCUCGUAUACUUUAAAAGGGUAUUUAAGAUUUAGAAAAUGUUUAUGAUAAUUUUAAAAUGACCAGUCGCUAAAAUUCUGAUCCCUUUAUUAUUACAAAUUGUAAAUUCAAAACUACCCAUUAAUCUUUCAGUUCAUAAAAUAGACCAUCAAAUGUAUCUUAUAUAAAAACCAAUAUUCCUAAUUCAACACCAAGACAUUAUUUAACAGAUUAAGAAUAAUAUUUUAUAGAUAAUAUGUAAAAAUGUUAGGAUGAAUUAGACAAUUUCAUUAAUAAACUCAAAACUAAUUUAUCUAAAGAAAAUGAAGAAGUUGAAAAAAUAAUAAAAUUUUAUGAAAAUGUCUUAUAUCCAACUCCAAAAAGUAGAGCCCUUGAAAUGAAAUAAAUAUCUACUUCGAGUUUAAUAAGCACUAAAUUAACUAAGAUAUUAGGAAAACAGUUUCCAACAGAUACAAAAGCACCAAAAGCUUAUGUUCCAUAAGAAAAGAAAAUGUUACAUAAAAUACCACCUUUAUUACAUCUGAACAUACCUUCUUUAUAGGCCAAAUAUAGAUUAAAUAGAAGUUAAUUAUAUGCUUUCUUCUCACUUUAUAAAGUAUUACAUCUCAUUUCAGGAUAUAUGAAAAUAAAAAGUAAAUAAUUAAAGGUUCAAGGCAUUACUUAUGAAGUAUACAGAAAUGGUAUUGAAACCAUUCAGGAUUAAGCAGAGAAUAUGGCAAGGGGAAUAUUUGAUAUAAUAGAUAGUAGAUGUUCUGGUUUCUUAGAUUGGGGUUAAUUUUUAUAUUUAAUGAGUUCAGUAUAAGCUAAAACAAGAGAUUAAAGAAUAGAUUUGUUUAUUAAAAUAGCUGAUUCUAAUAAGGAUGGUUAACUUUCUUACUAAGAAGUAGUAAGAUUGAGUUAAUAAACAUUAUAGAAGUUUAUUAAAAAUAGUAAUAGAGAAUUUUUGGAUGAAAUGUCAUAAUUUUUCUCUAAAAUAAUAUUUGAUUCAGUUGGAGUGGAUUAUUAAUAAGAAAUUCAAUUUAAUCAGUUAAAAGAAGUAAUUAAUUAAGGACAUCCUAAUUCAGAUUUAUUAUGUAUGUUUUGUGGUGCAGAUUCUUGA